AACGACGUUGGGGGGGACAAGGUCCUCCAGAAGAAGUGGACCACCUUCCUGAAGGCCCAGCUCUCUUGCAGCCAGGCGGGGCUCUUCCCCCACACCGUCCUCCAGCACGUCUUCGCUCUCCCGCAGCCGGGGGGCGGCUCCCUCUUUUACGGGGUCUUCGCUUCUCAGUGGCAGACCGGGAGCUCCGGCAGCUCAGCCGUCUGCGCCUUCAGCCUGGACGCCAUCGAGAAGGCCUUUGCCGGCAAGUACAAGGAGCUGAACAAGGACUGCUCCCGAUGGAUGACCUACAGUGGCCCCGCCAUGGACCCCCGGCCUGGCAGCUGUUCGGUGGGCCCCUCGUCCGACAAAGCCCUGACCUUCAUGAAGGACCAUUUCUUGAUGGAUGAGAAGGUGGCCCCCGUCCACAACCAGCCCCUCCUGGUGAAGGAGGACGUGAAGUACACCCGCAUCGCGGUGCACCAAGCGCAGGCGGCCUGCGGGACCGCCUGCACCGUCCUGUUCCUGGGCACAGGUAGGGCGGGCUCCCUCCACCUGGAACGGCGGA